CUGAUUCCGUGAGAACCUCCGGCACAAAGAGAAAUCUGCAAGUUACCUGAUCAAUAAGCAUCAGCUGCGUUUAUAAAACACACACAGAGAAAUCUGCAAUCAUGGCGAUUCACUGAGCAAAAAACAGCAGGAUUUACAGACUGAAGUUUAAUGGAAUUGGUUCAUGGGGGUAGUAGCAAAGCAUCAAAAUUUGUGGCAGAAGAUGAUUUUAUUAGCAGCUUGCCAGAGACUCUGAUAACUAGUAUUUUGGAUCGUUUGCCUAUACGAGAUGCGGUUAGGACUGGUAUCUUGGCCAGAAACUGGAGGUUGAAAUGGACUAUGCUCUCCCAACUCGUGUUGGAUGAGCAGUUCUUUAAGGAUUUAUUAGGAGCCCAAGGCAUAAGUAGUUAUGAUUGGAGGAAUGUAAUUCAAUUUCUCCUUCAUCUUAAAGGUUCCAUUACGAAGUUUACCCUCCGUCUACCAAAACACAGGGUAGUCAAUGAUAAGGAUAUAAACCAUUGGUUUCUGUUCUUGUCUGGAAAGGGAAUUAAGGAUGUCACUCUUAUAAAUAAGCAUAAAACACCACUGAAGUUGCCUGCCCAUCUUUUCUCUUGUCUUGAGUUACAAUGUUUGGAGAUUGAUAACUGCUAUUUCCAUCCUCCCCUUAGUUUUCGAGGCUUUCCAAAUCUAUUGGACUUAAACUUGUAUUGGGUACGAGUUGAAAGCAAUAAAUAUGGGGAGCUUCUUACUGGUUGUCCGUUACUUGAGAUUCUGGUUAUUCACCAUAACGGUCUUUUUGGCAAAGUGAAACCAGUUGAGAUUUCAAAACUUGAGAAUCUUAAAAAGUUAACUAUGCCAUUAUUCAAGCUUGACACAAGUACAUUAACAAGUUCCAGCAUCAUUGAGCUUGUGGGUUCUUUUUCAAAACUUCAGGAAGUUAAUUUAGGUUUUCAAAUGUGAGCUAUUGGCAGAAGUUGGUGCUAGAAAGGGCGUCACUAUCACUUUUCCCUGUCUUAAGACUCUAAGAUUAUGCUAUCUAGAUUGUAAUAAGGAUAUUGAGGUAUCCUUAGUUUUGAAAAUGAUAAGCUGCUCCCCAAAAUUGCAGACCCUCAAGAUCGUGAGUACAAAUGAAAAUAACGUCCCACUGCUCGCCCUCUGUUCUUUAGAUUUAGAUGAUAGCACAAUGUGGCAGUCGCAGCUUCAGAGUGUGGUGGUUGCAUGUUCCAAAGGUUCCAAGUCUGAAGUAUAUCUGAUAAAGUCUUUACUUGCAUGUUCCCCCUUGCUAAAGAAGAUUGCUAUUGGGCUCAACUCAUCCACGGUGGUUGGUGGUGCAGAUGCAAGGCUUCGGUUUGCUGAGGAGUUGUUAGAACUCCACCGAGCAUCCCCUGUGGUAGGAAUAAAGCUUUUCUAUUUUAGUGACUGGGAUUCUUCUGUUGCAUAUUAUUAUUGGUAAUUUCUGUAAAAUAUGUGUCUCGGGAACCACUUAUCAUGUGUAAUCUAAGUGCAACUUCUACAUAUUGUUUCUAAAUAGACUUUAUGUUUUGGAAA